GUGACUUCACCCCACUCCUCUUUGCUUCCUCUUACCCUCGCGGCGGCGAGGCGACGCCACUGGUCGACGGCUCCCUCCCGUCUCGCCGACUCCCUCCCGUCUCGCCGGCCUAUUUGUCUCGGAACCCUCGCACCGUCACCGAAACCCCUCCGCCGAACGCGCACGCCUCCUCCCGCAGAAGCGAAGCAGGCCGCCUCCAAGAAGCAUUUUUCUCUCCUAGUCCUCCUCGUCGUUGCCCUCCCCUCCGCCCCUCUACUGUACUGGCAUAGAGUGGAGAUCCAUCUCGACCUCGGAUAGGUUUCUUCUUUUUUGUUGGACUGCAGGAGAAAACAUGACUUCUCGCGUGACACCUUCCAAGAGGCCGUUUCAGAAGAAUUCUUUGGACCACAGCGGCCCAGGCAAGUGGAAGAAGACAAAGCAUGCUUCUUCACAGAAUGCUCAGCUGAAGAUACAGCCUGGUGUCCCCAUUUUUCGCCUUCUUUGCCCUGCUUCAAAAUCUGGAAAUGUAAUUGGUAAAGGAGGCAGUGUCAUUGUCAAGAUACGGCAAGAAACUGGAGCGAAGAUUACGGUUGAUGACGCAGUCCGUGGUUGUGAUGAGAGAGUUAUUGUCAUCACUGCAAUUGAGGACAAAGAAGCUAGCCGUGAGAAAGGUGGACAGGACAAUGGAGGCGUUGCUGUUUCUGUUGGUGGUGACCAUGAGAAGGAUAAAGGCAACAUUAAGGAGGAAAAGGAUGAUUCAGAGAAAGACCACAGUCAGGAGAAAAAGGAUGAUUCAGAGAAAGACAGCAGUAAGGAGGAAAUGGACGAUUCAGAGAAAGACAACUGUAAGGAGGAAAAUGAUGAUCCAGAGAAAGACAACAGUAAGGAAGAAAAUAAUGAUUCUCAGAAAGACCAUUGUAAUGAACAAAAGGAUGAUUCAGGGAAAGACCACAGUAAGGAAGAAAAGGACGAUCCAUUCGUUGCAAAAGAUACGAAGACAGAACCGGAGAGGGUAAUACCAUCAGCAUUGAAGGCCAUUUUGCUUGUCUUUGAUAGGAUUUUUGCAACUGAAGAUGGAAAUGAAACUGGGGAUGCAUCAGGCACGAGAACUCCUGUUUCUUUGCGAUUAUUGGUGCUAUACAGCCAAGCAGGUUGGCUUUUGGGGAAGAGCGGUAGCGUGAUUAAGCAAAUGUCAGUUGAUAACGGCUGUGAAAUCCGUGUUUCAAAGGAUAAGCUUCCGCCAUGUGCGUUAUCCCAAGACAGACUUUGCCAGAUCACUGGAGAGGUUGAUUCAGUACGGAAAGGUCUGAAUGCAGUAGCUGAAGUGCUCUUUUCUCAUCCACCCAAGGAAAGUGAUGUAGCUGCUGGUGUUCACCCUUCUGGAUCAUCAUCGCACUCUUUGGCCAAUCGGUCAGAUGGUCUUCCUUCAGGAAUGCAAUCUAACUUCCAUAUUCCUUUUCAAGGGCCACCCCAAGCCAAUGGGCCUUUUGAUAUAAUGGAUCUUCGGCCAAAUAUUGCUCCAUUUCCCACUUUGCCUGAAGCUCCAAUACAUGGCCAUGCCUCAGUUCCUGUAGAACCCCUCACAUUUAGGUUACUGUGUUCCAAAGACAAGGUCGGCAGUAUAAUAGGGAAGGGUGGAAACAUUGUCAAUAGUAUUCAGAACGAUACAGGCUGCGAAAUAAAAGUUCUUGAGACUGUUCCAAAAUCAGAAGACCGCAUCAUACGUAUAUCUGGACCUGCGCAUCCAGGCGACGGAAUUUCCCCUUCUCAGAGUGCAAUUCUGCAUGUGCAGCGUAAAAUUGUGUUGCCUACCUCUGACAAGAAGGAGGGUCCUGCAAUAUGUAGGCUGGUUGUUUCGCCUAACCAAGUUGGUUGCCUUCUGGGCAAAGGUGGUAGUAUCAUAGCUGAAAUGAGGAAGCUAUCAGGAGCACAUAUAGUAGUGCUGAGCAAAGGCAAAAUCCCAAGGGGUGUCCCACAAAAUGAUGAAGUUAUUCAGAUAAGUGGGGACUGUGAAGCUAUUCAAGAAGCUCUAAUGCAGAUAACUGCUAGACUUCGUAACCAUCUAUUCCGGGACAGAAUGCCUGCAGUGGGUCCUAAUAUGUGGCCACCUUUUGGUUUGCUAGAUUCUCAAUUUGGUCCAUACAUAGGAAGCCAUGAAUCUCCAUCUCCAUUUCAAAAAGAUUUUAUGGGACGACCAUUGGAUGGGAUCUCUGCUCCUUGGACCAAGAAGGGUAUGCAUGAUGUUGGUGAUCCAAUGUCAAUAUCGGAUAUCCCAGGAGCAGCGCAUAGAGGACUUGGUGCAUUUUCUGGUCCUGGUCAGUCAUCUAUGAUGCCAAACUUAACUGCAGAGGUCUUGGUUCCAAGAUUAACUAUUCCUGCUCUCUGUGGGGAAGAUGGAGGUUGUUUGGAUAGGAUUCGUGAGUUUUCGGAAGCUAAGAUAACAGUCACUGAACCUAUAGCUGAUACAAUGGACACUGCUAUUCUAAUAUCUGGCACACCAGACCAGAUGCAUGCAGCCCGAAGUCUUAUUCAAGCAUUUGUUACAAGUGAAUCGUUUGGCCCAUGAUAUUGGAUUCUCCGAAGGUGAUGCAUCUCCUAAUGUUUGGCUCGUUUCUUCUGGGCAAGACAUAUUUUAUCUAGAGCAGUUGGUGGAGUUUAGGCUGAUGCUAAUUAUGUAGGCAAUGAAGCUAGUGAUAAAAUGUGUGUUCAUGCUUGUGAAUAUGCAUCCCUGUUUGCAGAGGGGCAUGUGCUCCAAGAGCUUAGUUGGACUGAAUAGGGACUAAAAUCCGAGUCGGAUGGAUCUUUCUAGGUUCUUGCAAAAUCUCCAAACUCACCCCUUGGGAUAUGCAUAUUUUGGGAAGUACCAGAAAUGUAUUGCUUAUGCAAGCAUAGUGCUUGAUGUUGUGAAAAUGUUAACUUUUAUAAGGAGAAGUGUCAUAUCAGUGAUUAUUUCCA